UCCACUUUUGUGGCGUUGGUAGAUACCGCCGUCACUUGGUGGAAUGGUUGCCCGAGUUGAUGAUGGUGGUGUUAUUGGUGUUAGUGAGCGACCAGAUCACCUAGCAUUUCCAUCGCAGUUGCAGUCGCAAACAGUUCACAAAAUUACUCUUAGCCCUGUUAGCUCGCUGUCAUUAAGUUUGUUUUCUUCGCUUCUUUCGUUUGAAUAAAAUCCCAAGUGUGAAUAAAUUGAACUGGGAUGUAAAAUGAAUUUCCUAGCAAAAGUUUUCGGCAAAUAUAAUUCGAGAAAAGUCUAUGAUAUCGAUUCAAAAUCGUCUUUAACACUUACUUUCAUCCUGCUAUGCGGCGGACUGUUCCAAGCUGUAUUGUCUCAACCAUAUCGAAGCCAUCAACGAUGUUCAACGCGUUUGGAGAAUGCUUUGGAAAACAUGAGACGCCGUAGCUAUCAAACGAAAACUGGUCGUUCGUAUUCGCCACCGCAGUCCCCGUAUGCCUUGUACCACUCACUGUAUGGACAGGAAGACGAUGGGGCAGAUGAUUUCUAUCGUCCAACUGCUAACCGGGGGUAUUAUGCAAAAAACAUCAAUCGCAGCUAUGGCCCAAAUUCCAGAUUAGAUUUUGAUGCGGCGCUCAACACCUACACAAGUGGUCCCCCAUAUCAAUAUCAUACACAAAGGCAACCACACAAAUUGCAAGUAGCUCGAGUGGAUGUUGAAGAUUUGCGAGUUCGAUUACCUUCGGAGAAUGCAGCAAGAUGGGUGGAAAUCGACAAGUGCAAGUUUAGUGCCGAAAACUCGACUCUGGAUACACGACUUAUAUUUCCUGACUUGACAUUGAGCGGCCGGGUUGUGUUGCAGCCCACGGGUGGAAAGUGCAAUAUGAUCCUACGUUUGAGACACGCCGGCAUUGAAUUUCGAACAGUGCCAAUUGGCUUCGACAAAGUCAGUGGCGAAGAGUCAAGACGUGUUGGAACAGCUUCGGUGCGAACAGAUUCACAUUUUGCCGAACCGGGCUUUAUCUCUGUAUUUGCCCAUGGUUGCCAAGGUCCGACUGGAAUUAAAUUAAGACAAAAUUCAAAACGUCGUUACAGCUUUGUCAAUGAAAACCAGAACGAGGUACAGGGUCCUUCUUUGCAUGUAACACCGCAAUCCCAGUUAACACCCGGUAUAAUAUUCGAUAUUAGAAGUGAAGGUUAUAUACCCCCAAAUAUGCGAGAUGAAGAUUUGGCGUGGACGGAUGCCAAUUCGCAAGAGCUCUUCGAUCCAAAUGGAGAUAACUUCUACCGGCGACAAUUUCGAAGCAAACGCAGCGCUUAUGGUCGGCGGCAGGGCAGACAUACGUUGAGUGAUCGUUUGCGUGAUGAAAUGAAUUUUAACGAUGACAUACUCAAAGUGUCCGAUGAAAAUGUCCAACAUUUGCUGGAACCUGAUGCCCGGGCAUUUGCCGAUAUUUUCUCUAAUGGCAAUGAUGGAAACGGUAUGUUUGGUGAUCACGAUGAGGUUAAUGAUGCCUUCAGAGAUGAACUAGAGAAGUUAUUCUCAAUGGGUGUCCGUGGUCUUUUGACAACAUAUAUGCAAAGAGCCUUGCAGCCGGCCAUCAAGGAGACACUGAUGGAAAACAUGGGCUACACUAUAAGCUAUGGAUGAAUGCAUCUCCUUGUGGCAAUGAGUAUGCACGGGAAUGUAUAAACAUAUAAGUAAAUUAUAAGUCUAAACCAAAAUUUUAAAUUAAUUAUUUAUUUUAUAUUCUUUUGAAAUCAUGGAACAAUGUUCAAAUCCUA